AUGGGCGAGGUGAACCAGGGGGCGGAUCAGGCGGCUGAUGAUCUCGUGGAGGUUGAAGCUGCCCCUGCAGAUGUUCUUCCAGAUAACCAGGACGGAGCAGCCGUGGUGGAGAACCAGGCGGUAGAUUUCGGGCUGGAGGUGGUGGCGGAGCAUGACCUGGACGCGAAGGGAGAGGAUGGAUUGGUGGAGUCGGCAGAGCUUGAGGAGUUCGAUGAGUCAGUGAUGUUUUGGAGUGGUGAGGAGGAGUCUGAGGAUGAAGAUGAGGUGUGCUCCUCCGCGCAGAAGCGUCCUCAUCUGAACUAG